CUUGACGGUUCGCUCUUACGAAACGCGGCCAAACGAGCUAACGUUAACUUGUUCAGCUAAGCGACCGUCUCUGUCAGUUUGACGGUCGAUGACUUGUGACUUUAGCCGAGUGCUUUUAGGGUUUUACCCGAAAAUUACUGUUUUGAAUUGCGGCGGAAAGUUGGAGACCGUUUCAGUUUCGGGAGAGGUAACAAGAUGUUGAUCUGAUGUCAUAAUCUAGACUAAACCAGUAACGUUAUCCUCCCUUUUGACAGGAUGACUUGAGUUGAGACCGCUAGCAGGCUAAAGCCAAAUGUGAGGACGCUUCAGCUGUCAACUUGCUUUUGGACCGUUAACGUUACAUUUAUCGCAUUUCGAUGUGUAUUUGACAACAACCGUUUAGACAGCGUUCAGAAAGCUUAAAAUGUCACUCUGGUCAUCGUUUACUCACCACUAUGUUGUUCAAAACCCGCGUGACUUUCUUGUUAAGAGAUUUUAGUCAGAGUGACAUCAGCAACCACCAUUCGCUUUCAUUGUAUGGAAAAAAAUGCAGGGCUGACUGAACUCCGUAAGAAAGUAAAGUGUGUAACAACAUUAGGGUCUCCUUGGGCUGAUUGUGUGAGGUUUCAUUCACAAUGAAAGCAACGCCACAGGCUGAGGACAAUGGCUUGUGAAUUAUCCCAGUUCUGCCACCUGCAGUCGGGCAUCCUCCUCCUCCUCCUCUAAAGGACGUCAGUUGUUUAUGGGAACUACUGGCAUUGGUCUCCUGAGGAUAUAGCUCUCCUUUUGGGACGCCAUUUUUCCACCCUUGCUGAGAGGUGGUGUAGCCAGGAAACAUGGCUAACAACGCAUACAGCGGGGUGAAGAACUCUGUGGCCGAGCCCAAUCACGAUGGAGAGUUUGGCUGCUCGCUUAAAGAGCUGCGCUCUCUCAUGGAACUGCGAGGGGCUGAAGCAUUACACAAAAUCCAGGAAUCUUAUGGGGACGUAAAUGGACUUUGCAGCAGACUGAAAACAUCGCCUGUAGAUGGAUUAAGUGGGCAGCCUCAAGAUAUUGAAAAAAGAAAAGUAGAAUUUGGACAGAACUUUAUACCUCCGAAAAAGCCAAAAACCUUUCUUCAGUUAGUAUGGGAAGCAUUACAAGACGUAACAUUGAUUAUUUUGGAAGUGGCAGCAAUAGUUUCUUUAGGCCUUUCUUUUUAUAAACCUCCGGAUGCAGAAAAUAAAAAUUGUGGGAACGCAGCAGCCGGAGUAGAGGAUGAAGGAGAAGCUGAAGCCGGAUGGAUAGAAGGAGCAGCUAUCCUCCUGUCUGUUGUUUGUGUGGUGCUUGUGACGGCCUUCAAUGACUGGAGCAAAGAGAAGCAGUUCCGUGGCUUACAGAGCCGCAUUGAACAAGAGCAGAAGUUUACGGUGGUUCGGGGAGGGCAAGUCAUUCCGAUCCCUGUGGCCGAGAUUGUCACCGGGGACAUUGCACAAAUUAAAUAUGGUGACCUCCUGCCUGCUGAUGGCAUUCUCAUCCAGGGCAAUGACCUCAAAAUAGAUGAGAGCUCUUUAACUGGAGAGUCCGACCAUGUGAAGAAAUCGAUGGAGAAAGAUCCUAUGCUGCUGUCAGGUACUCAUGUCAUGGAGGGCUCUGGAAAAAUGGUUGUCACUGCUGUUGGAGUCAAUUCCCAAACUGGAAUCAUUUUCACCUUAUUGGGGGCGGGAGAAGAUGAUGAGGAUGAGGAGGAGAAGGAGAAAGAGAAGAAAGAGAAAAAGAAAGAGAAGAAAAAUAAAAAGCAGGAUGGCUCUGUGGAGAACAGAAAGAAAGCUAAAGCCCAGGAUGGUGCAGCAAUGGAGAUGCAGCCUCUAAACCGUGAUGAAGGGGCUGAGGGUGAUGAGAAGAGAAAAGCCAACUUGUCAAAGAAAGAGAAAUCAGUUUUGCAAGGGAAACUGACCAAAUUAGCAGUCCAAAUUGGAAAAGCAGGUCUUGUGAUGUCAGCCAUCACAGUGAUCAUCUUGGUGGUGCUGUUUGUGGUGGACACUUUCUGGAUCCAGGGACUUCCUUGGGAAAAAGAGUGCACUCCCAUUUACGUCCAGUUCUUUGUCAAGUUCUUUAUCAUCGGUGUGACCGUGCUGGUGGUGGCCGUCCCAGAGGGUCUUCCGCUGGCUGUAACCAUCUCACUGGCUUACUCUGUCAAAAAAAUGAUGAAAGACAAUAAUUUGGUGAGGCAUCUCGAUGCCUGUGAAACCAUGGGCAAUGCCACAGCCAUCUGUUCGGACAAGACAGGGACUCUGACUAUGAACCGAAUGAGAGUUGUUCAGGUUUUUAUCGCUGACAAGCACUACAAGAAAGUCCCUGAGCCUGAUGUCAUUCCUGCCGGCACCAUGGACCUGCUCACACUGGGCAUCAGUGUCAACUGUGCUUACACCACCAAAAUCAUGUCCCCUGAGAAGGAGGGAGGCCUGAACCGUCAGGUGGGCAACAAAACUGAAUGUGCCUUGCUGGGCUUCGCCAUGGACUUGAAAAAAGACUAUCAAGCAAUCCGGAACGAAAUCCCUGAAGAGAAGCUUUACAAAGUCUACACCUUCAACUCCGUGAGGAAAUCCAUGAGCACCGUGCUAAAGAAUGCUGAUGGAAGCUUCCGGAUGUUCAGCAAAGGAGCCUCCGAGAUUCUGCUGAAGAAGUGUUAUAAAAUCCUGACAGUGACGGGCGAGGCAAAGGUUUUUCGGCCCAGGGACAGAGAUGACAUGGUGAAGAGAGUGAUUGAACCAAUGGCCUCUGAGGGCUUGAGGACCAUCUGCCUGGCUUACAGGGACUUCCCUGCCUCAGAAGGUGAACCAGAUUGGGAUAACGAGAGUGAUAUCCUGACCCGACUCACCUGCGUGUGUAUCGUGGGCAUUGAAGACCCAGUUAGACCAGAGGUCCCUGAUGCCAUUAGAAAGUGCCAGCGUGCUGGAGUCACUGUGCGCAUGGUCACCGGGGACAAUAUUAACACUGCCCGAGCUAUAGCAAGUAAAUGUGGCAUCCUGCAGCCAGGAGAUGACUUCCUCUGCUUGGAGGGCAAAGAGUUCAAUCGCCGGAUUCGUAAUGAAAAGGGAGAGAUUGAACAAGAGAGGAUUGACAAAAUAUGGCCUAAACUCCGGGUGCUGGCAAGAUCUUCCCCGACAGACAAGCAUACACUAGUCAAAGGUAUAAUUGACAGCACCGUUUUGGAGCGGAGGCAGGUUGUGGCGGUAACAGGAGACGGUACCAAUGAUGGCCCUGCCUUAAAAAAGGCCGAUGUUGGGUUUGCCAUGGGCAUUGCCGGCACAGACGUGGCUAAAGAAGCCUCUGAUAUCAUUCUCACUGAUGACAACUUCAGCAGCAUCGUCAAGGCCGUAAUGUGGGGGCGGAACGUGUAUGACAGCAUUUCAAAAUUCCUUCAGUUCCAGCUUACCGUCAAUGUGGUGGCUGUGAUUGUGGCCUUCACUGGAGCUUGCAUCACACAGGACUCUCCUUUGAAAGCUGUACAGAUGUUAUGGGUAAAUCUGAUUAUGGACACAUUUGCCUCUUUGGCCUUGGCCACUGAACCCCCCACUGAAUCUCUUCUGCUGAGGAAGCCUUACGGCCGUAAUAAACCCCUCAUCUCCCGGACAAUGAUGAAGAACAUAUUGGGUCAUGCGGUCUACCAGCUCACCAUCAUCUUCACUCUACUUUUUGCCGGUGAAAAGAUAUUCGACAUCGACAGUGGACGUAACGCCCCUCUUCACGCUCCUCCCUCUGAGCACUACACCAUUGUCUUCAACACCUUUGUCAUGAUGCAGCUGUUUAAUGAAAUCAACGCCCGGAAGAUCCAUGGAGAACGAAAUGUUUUUGAAGGCAUUUUCAACAAUCUGAUCUUUUGUACCAUUGUCUUUGGGACUUUUCUUAUUCAGAUUGUGAUAGUGCAAUUUGGAGGAAAGCCAUUCAGCUGUGUGGGGCUGAAUAUUGAGCAGUGGCUAUGGUGUGUCUUCUUAGGCUUUGGAAGUCUUCUGUGGGGACAGAUCAUCUCCUCGAUUCCAACGAGCCGGCUGAAGUUCCUGAAGACUGCUGGUCAUGGAACACAGAAGGAAGAAAUCCCAGAUGAGGAGUUGGAGGAGCUGGAUGAGAUGGAGGAAAUUGACCAUGCUGAGCGAGAGCUCCGCAGGGGGCAGAUCCUCUGGUUCAGAGGUCUGAACCGCAUUCAGACUCAGAUGGAUGUUGUGAGUGCGUUCCAGAGCGGAAUUUCCUUUCAGGCGGCCGUCAGGCGCCAACCCUCCAGCACCAGCCAACAGCACGAUAUCCGAGUGGUGAAUGCAUUCCGCAGCUCGCUGUCGCCCUAUGAGGGCCUGGAGAAGCCAGAGUCCCGCACCUCCAUCCACAACUUCAUGACCCAUCCGGAAUUCCGGAUCGAGGACUCAGAGCCCCACAUCCCCCUCAUCGAUGACACGGAUGCGGAGGAUGACGCCCCCACUAAGAGAAAUGCCACACCUACACCUCCUCCCCCACCCUCACCCAAUCAGAACAAUAACGCCGUAGACAGCGGCAUCCACCUCUUCCUGGAUCCCAGCAAGCCAGCUACACCCUCAACUCCUGGGAGUCCCAUGCACAGCCUAGAGACGUCCCUUUGAUCAGCUCCGCCCCUUGGUAUGACACACAACACCUGCUUGUCUCCACAGAGACUAAAGCCUGAAGAACUCAUUGGAUGAGGGGGCGGAGCCAAGGAGCUCGGCUCUAAGCUUUUGCUUCUGUUCAUCUGGAUGUGUUGUACAGUUCUUUUUGCCCUUUGCUUAUUCAAACACUGAUUUCUGAAUCAUUUGGCUGUUAAUAUUUUGAAUUAUUAUUAUUUAUGCUUUUGUUUUUUAUUUUUUGGAAGACACAGGUCUGUUUACAAAGUUUGUAGAUAUUUUUUUUUUUUCUGUUCGUUGAUGGAAGAGCUUCCUGAUGCAGAGAAAUGGGGACAAAUGAAUUGAGAAAUAUUUCAGAUACUGCUGUAUUUUCAGGAAAAAAAAAGGUGUUUCUAUGAAAACCAAACUAUUUUUGCCUGCAAGUUUUAUUUGUUAUAUAUUUGUAGAUACAUAGAACCCUCAAGCCAAAUAGAUAACACUAAGGCUUGUAUAGAAGUGACAGAGGCAACUAUGGGACACUUUUUUUUUCUUUUUUUUCUUCUUUUUUCAUUGGACGGGUAACUGUAGGAAACCAUAGACAAGAAUCUCUGUCAAUAAAUCUCCUCUCAUACUUACUACUUCACCCCUUAAAGACUUCGUUGGGUUUAUUUUCCAAAUUCCAAUUUCAUGUCUCAUUCUCGUUUGGAAGUUAAGGAGUAUCUGAAAUGCCUGGCGUCUUCACGCUUUUUAAUGGUGUGAUUUUGAAGUGGAGGCCACACCAGGUCCGCCUUUUUAAAAAAUAAUAAAAAAUGAAUGCGUCUGUUAAAUGAAAUGGUCCACAGUCAGUUCAUUAACAUCAAGAUAUUAAGUUAAUGCCAAUGUAUCAUAAGUUUGUUUACUCAGGCUGAAAAGAAAAAAAAACUAGAAAACUGAAUUGAAAAGGAUGCAAUGAUUUAAAAAGUAAAGCAUUUUAACUUAAGAUUGUCUUUUAGGUAGUAAAUUCUCGGUUAAAAGGACAAAUAAAAAGAAAUUAGUAACUUUUUUUAUUUUUUUGGAUUUUGUUUGUUUGUUGAUCAUAUGAAAAAAAAUGAUAAACUUUGUACUUUAUAUUUUCCUUCAUAUUCCAUAAAGAUUGCUGUCAGUUAAGAAAAUAUUGCUGCAAUUGUUUGUAGAAUAUAUUUAAGACCUGAAAUACUGGAAACACAAAUGAAACAUGAAGAAUUUAAGAAAACAUGCUUAUAACACUGGUAUCACAGCACAGGGUACUUCAUUUCAGAUUCCCAAGGAACGUUUUGAUACAGACCAUAUAAAUAAAUUAUAUUUUUAUGCGGAAAUGACAACAUCUCAACCUGCUGAACCAGACCUACAGGGAUUUUACAUAAAUUAUAUUCAAGGGGAGGGCGGGUCUUGAUUGGUUCUCCAAAUAAUAUAAUACUCAGGGUGGCUAAUAGCAUGAAACUUAUGGUCAAAAUACAAACAUGUUUUGCGUUUUUUGUAAUGUUUAGGAGUAGAUUUGUUUUUUGUUUUUUUUGGCAGCAGGGUUCCAGUUCAGACUGUUGCUUAUCUCCACUUGUUGGUUAAUUAAAGGUGAUAUAAAGGAGAAGGAAGGAAGAAAAACAGGAGAAAGGGAUUUGCAUUUCUUCAGUCAUCGCAACUGCACAUUUUUUGGAUCUGUUCUUUUGAAUAAGUUAUUUAAUUUUUCAUGUUUAUUAAAUACAAAAAACUGCUUAAGUUUGCAAUUUAGAGCAGAUAUAUUAAAAAAUCCAUAACUUUUUUUUUUCUAUAGCGUCUUCCUAUAACAGGAAUUAAUGUUUAUCCAUCUGUUUUAAGGAUUUUUUUUGUAAUUUUAAAGUUUGGAAAUAAAAGAACAUGUCUGUUUCUCUUGCGCAAUGUAAAUGGAUAUCGUGAUUUAACUUACAUUUGAAACUUGUCGAGUAUCGUGUAUGGUUUUUAAGAAUAAAAAUUGAUAUUUAGCGUAA